AUGCCUACGGAUUCGCCGGCGGUGGGGUGGCUGCAGGCGGCGGCGCAGGACGCCGCCAACUCCUCCUCCUCCUCCUCCUCGCGCUCCGGCUCCGCCGCCUUCCCCGACCAGGUCCUCGUGUCCAGGGCCGCGGGCUGGGUUGUGUCUCUGUCCACUUGCACAAAGGUCGGUGCUAUCAGCUUCGUGGUCGGGGUUGCAGUGGGCUUCACGCUGAAGAGAAGGCUGCGCAGGUGGGCUGCCAGGCUGCUCAAGAGGAUCAAGGACGACGACUAGCUUGUGCAAUGUCUCUUAAUUUGGUUCACAAGCUUAGAUUAACUGCGAUAGCCGUUUGUAAAACUGUACAAUCGUGACUCCCUUUUAGGGGAUCUGUACUGGCAAUUGUGGUACGAGCAGAUCGUGCCAUA